AUGCAGAUUGACGUAGAUCCACAAGAAGAUCAGCAAAAUGCACCUGAUAUCAACUAUGUGGUGGAGAACCCCACUCUGGAUUUGGAGCAGUAUGCCUCGAGCUACAGCGGGCUGAUGCGGAUCGAGCGACUGCAGUUUAUUGCUGAUCACUGCCCCCAGCUGCGGGUGGAAGCUCUGAAGAUGGCUCUGUCAUUUGUCCAGAGAACUUUCAAUGUUGAUGUGUACGAAGAAAUCCACAGAAAGUUGUCUGAGGCCACCAGUAACUCUUUAAAAGAACUGCAGAAUACACCUGAUGCUGUCCCUGAUAGUGGAAUUGAACCCCCUCCUCUUGACUCAGCUUGGGUUGAAGCUACACGCAAAAAAGCUCUUCUUAAACUGGAGAAACUCGACACAGAUCUGAAAAAUUACAAAGGGAACUCCAUCAAGGAGAGUAUCAGGAGAGGCCAUGAUGACUUAGGUGAUCAUUACCUUGACUGUGGGGACCUCAGCAACGCUCUCAAGUGUUACUCACGAGCCCGUGAUUACUGCACCAGUGCUAAACAUGUUAUCAACAUGUGCCUCAAUGUCAUCAAGGUCAGUGUCUACCUCCAGAAUUGGUCUCAUGUUCUGAGCUAUGUAAGCAAGGCUGAGUCUACACCAGAAAUUGCAGAACAAAGAGGAGAAAGAGACAGCCAGACACAAGCAAUUCUCACCAAACUGAAGUGUGCAGCAGGCUUGGCCGAACUAGCUGCUCGGAAGUACAAACAGGCAGCAAAGUGCUUCUUACUGGCAUCAUUUGAUCACUGUGAUUUCCCUGAGCUGUUAUCUCCCAGCAAUGUGGCUGUGUAUGGUGGUCUCUGUGCCCUUGCUACCUUUGACCGUCAGGAAUUGCAACGAAAUGUUAUCUCCAGCAGCUCCUUCAAAUUGUUUUUGGAGCUGGAGCCACAGGUUCGUGACAUCAUCUUCAAGUUUUAUGAAUCUAAAUAUGCUUCAUGUCUGAAGAUGCUGGAUGAGAUGAAGGACAACCUGCUGCUGGACAUGUACCUUGCACCUCAUGUCAGGACACUUUAUACCCAGAUUCGAAAUCGUGCCCUUAUUCAGUACUUCAGCCCCUAUGUGUCAGCAGAUAUGCGCAAGAUGGCCACUGCUUUUAAUACCACAGUGGCUGCUCUGGAAGAUGAACUUACUCAGCUGAUCCUGGAGGGACUGAUCAAUGCCAGAAUAGACUCGCACAGUAAGAUUCUUUAUGCUCGAGAUGUAGAUCAGCGUAGCACAACUUUUGAGAAGUCUUUACUAAUGGGCAAAGAGUUUCAGCGCCGUGCCAAAGCCAUGAUCCUGCGUGCCGCGGUCCUGCGCAACCAGAUACAUGUCAAGUCUCCUCCGAGAGAAGGUAGCCAAGGGGAACUUACUCCAGCUAACAGCCAGUCCAGGAUGAGCACCAACAUGUGAAAAACUUCGUGUACUACCAAAAGAAAUGGUCCCUCCAGGACUGUACCCAGUGUCUCACCCACUAACUGCUGAGCUUCACAAACUGUCCCUGUCUCCCUCACUUCUUGCUCAGAUUGAGAGGGUCAGGGCUGAUGGUGGAUAAUAACGAAUAUUCCUAUAACUUCCAAUUCUCCUUGAAAAGAAAUUCUUUCUAGAAACAGCAUCCCUGCAAUGGGUCAUCAUUUCAGUUUUGGUAGAACAUCUUCCUCCAUUCUCCUUCUCCACCACUCCAUAAAGAGCUGUCAGGUUAUUCACACAGAUGCUGUUCUAAGAGUUUUUCAGCUGCUAUUAGUUUUCAUGUUUCAAAGCUGCAAAAAUAAGUGUUAAGUUGAAUGGACGUGUGUGAUCUAAGAUGAAUUUCACUAGCCUGAAAGUUUUGCCUUGAUUUUGAGCAAUGCUGAGCUUUCAGUUUAUUCCAGAUAAACUUCCAUUG